GCCCGGCCCACAUCCCCGGGCUCCCGUAAGGCGGCGGGCUGGGCCGCGCAGGCAGGGCGGGCGGCGAGCGCGCUUACGUGAGACCGGGGAUUCGCCGGCCUGCGCCAGGCCCCGGACACAGGAUGGAGGGACAAUCUGCGUCAUCUUGAUUCUGCAGCAUUCCAAAGUGUGGUAUCCUUGGGGUUCUCUUAACAUUGCUAUGGUGCAGAAGAUUUAAAAUCAGCUGAUGUUCACAAGGAAUAGAGUCACGUGAUGUAUGAAGGGAAACAUAUACACUUCUCUGAGGUUGACAAUAAGCCCUUGUGCUCGUAUAGCCCCAAACUGUGCAAGCAGCGGCGACUCAACGGCUACGCUUUCUGUAUCAGACACGUUCUGGAGGACAAGACUGCCCCCUUCAAGCAAUGUGAAUAUGUGGCCAAGUAUAACAGCCAACGCUGCACCAACCCCAUCCCCAAAUCAGAGGAUCGUAGGUACUGCAACAGCCACUUGCAGGUACUUGGCUUUAUCCCGAAAAAAGAGAGGAAGAAAAAGAAUGAUCCUAUAGAUGAGGUAAAGGUCAGGCACCAGAUGGAUACCAUGGCCUUUAGCCUGACGGUGCCCACAUUGGCCUUGAAGGUGCCCAAUGGACUGGAUGGAAUGUCCCUCUCUCCACCAGGGGCAAGAGUCCCUCUCCACUACCUGGAAACUGAGUUGGAAGACCCGUUUGCUUUCAACGAGGAAGAUGAUGACCUGAAGAAAGGGGCAACUGUGAGAAAGAAGUUGCAGAGCAAGCUGGCCCAGAAUCGGCAGCGCCAGAGAGAGACAGAGAUUUUAAAAGUUCGACAAGAGCACUUUAGUCCCCCUCCUGCACCUUCACAGCAGCAGCCUCCACAGCAGCACUCCCACCUGUCACCUUUAUCCACUUCUGUAAAACCUCCAGCGCCACCGCAGGGUUUAGUCUGCAAGUCACCUCAACCUCAGAACACCAGCCUACCACUGCAGGGAGUGGCCCCCACCACACACACUAUAGCACAAGCGAGGCAGUUGUCUCACAAGAGGCCUCUGCCCCUCCUGCCAUCAAGUAGGGCUCCUGUUGCGGACCCACCCAGGACUGACCGGGUCCUUAUGAAAGCCACAGCCUUGUCUCCACACUUCUCUUGUAUAAGUCGACUGCAGAGACUGGUGAAACUGUGCACCCAAAAACAUCAGUUGGACACUGAUCUGUUUCCCCACUUAGGGCUGGACUGGUCUGAAGAGAGCGGAGAGGAACUGGAGGACUCAGAGGAGGCCUCACCAUACCAGGUUGCAUGGUCCAUCCGAGAAACCCUCAGACAUGAGAGACACACGUCAGAUGAUGAAGAUACGGAGAGUAGGAGCUCCAGGGUGACCCAACUUUGCACUUACUUUCAGCAGAAAUAUAAGCACCUCUGCCGCUUGGAGCGGGCAGAAUCGCGUCAAAAGAAAUGCCGGCACACAUUUAGAAAAGCCUUGCUGCAGGCGGCCAGCAGAGAACCGGAGUGUACUGGGCAGUUACUGCAGGAACUGCAGAGAGCGGCGUGCAGCCGGACCAGCGUAAGCCAGACCAAGCUGAGGGAGGUGGAGCCAGCAGCCUGCAGUGGAACGGCGAAGGGUGAACCGUGUGCUAACAGAGCCCUUCCAUUCACCAGACAUUGUUUCCAACAUAUCCUCUUGAACCGCUCUCAGCAGCUCUUCUCAAGUUGCACGGCCAAGUUUGCAGAUGGCCAGCAGUGCUCUGUGCCUGUUUUUGACAUCACGCACCAGACACCUCUGUGUGAAGAACAUGCCAAAAAAAUGGAUAAUUUCUUGAGAGGAGAUAGCUCCCGCAAAGUUCAGCACCAGCAGCAGAGGAAACCCAGGAAAAAAACCAAGCCUCCUGCACUUACCAAAAAACACAAGAAGAAGCGAAGGCGUGGACCUCGUCGACCCCAAAAACCCAUUCCCCCUGCAGUCCCCCAAGGGAACCUCAGCAUGCCCACCAGCGUCUCACUGCCAGUGGAGGCCUCCCAGAUCCGGAGCCCGUCCACGCCAGAGCUGAGUGCUGAUGAGUUGCCGGAUGACAUUGCCAAUGAGAUCACUGACAUUCCACACGACUUGGAAUUGAACCAGGAGGACUUUUCAGACGUCCUGCCACGGCUGCCUGAUGACUUACAGGAUUUUGAUUUUUUUGAAGGAAAGAAUGGAGACCUCCUCCCAACGACCGAAGAGGCUGAGGAACUUGAACGGGCCUUGCAGGCUGUAACUUCUCUCGAGUGCCUGAGUACCAUUGGGGUACUUACCCAGUCAGAUGGUGUGCCAGUCCAGGAGCUGUCCGACAGAGGAAUGGGGGUGUUCUCCACAGGUACUGGAGCUUCAGGAAUUCAGUCCCUGAGCCGAGAAGUCAACACGGACCUAGGGGAGCUGUUGAAUGGGCGCAUAGUCCAUGAUAAUUUUUCUAGUCUAGAGCUGGAUGAGAACCUGCUCCGUUCUGCUACCUUGUCUAACCCACCUACACCCCUGGCAGGGCAGAUCCAGGGGCAGUUCUCUGCCCCAGCCAACGUCGGCCUUACUUCUGCCACUCUGAUCAGCCAGAGUGCACUUGGGGAGAGAGCCUUCCCAGGACAGUUUCAUGGACUUCAUGAUGGCAGCCAUGCCUCCCAGAGGCCACAUCCUGCCCAGCUGCUGAGCAAGGCAGAUGACCUAAUCACCUCACGACAGCAAUACAGCAGUGAUCAUUCACACUCCUCGCCCCAUGGAAGCCAUUAUGAUAGUGAGCACGUGCCGUCUCCCUACAGUGACCAUAUCACCUCUCCCCACACGACAUCUUACUCUGGUGAUAAUAUGGCAGCUACCUUUUCAGCAGAGAUGCCCAUCAUGGCACAGCACUUGCUCCCACCCCAACUUGAGGUGCCACUUGGAGGAGUCGUCAACCCCAGAACUCACUGGGGCAAUCUCCCUGUCAACCUUGGAGAUCCCUCUCCAUUUAGCAACCUUCUGGACGCAGAUGGACAUCUUCUUUCCACUUCCCUAUCCACGCCACCCACCACUUCGAACUCAGAGACCACACAGCCUGCCUUCGCCACCGUGACCCCCAGCAGCUCCAGCGUGCUUCCGGGGUUGCCGCAGACCAGCUUCAGUGGCAUGGGGCCUUCUGCGGAACUCAUGGCCUCCACCUCUCCCAAGCAGCAACUCCCUCAGUUCAGCGCAGCCUUCGGCCACCAGCUGAGUUCUCACAGUGGCAUUCCCAAGGACCUGCAGCCCAGCCACAGUUCAAUAGCCCCUCCUACAGGCUUCACAGUAACAGGUGCCACAGCUACAAGUACCAAUAAUGCGUCCUCUCCCUUUACCUCCCCUAACUGAGCGUGUCUGUGUGUUUGCAGGCAAGUGGGGAACCUGGUGUUUUCUAUCUUUGUUUCCUCCUUAUCGCCCCUUCCCCUUUUCCUAAAGAAGAUUUUAAAAAUAACAGAUGGGGACUCGAGGGGACCCCCUUCUCCAGUUAAACAAGUUGCCCUGCAGUGGACCUCGCUUCAGUGUUCACAUGUGCUCCGCGCACUGGUGCUCAUUCCCUCCUGGCAGGUUCACUCCCCCAUGGUUUCCUCAGUGGCUCAGCACAGUGACUGCAUAGAAUUGACUUUCAGCAGCAAGUCCUAGAAGUGGAAGAUACCUCAGAUUACCAGUGCCCUUUACUAUUUCCUAGUAUUCAGAUCAAUGCUUUCCAUUCUCUCACCGGGUCUUUACAUAGGUGGUUCCAGAUAGAAUGAUCCUAGUCACCGAGUCCCUGUGUGUAAGACAUAGCCAGUGGUAUGUAGAGGCAGAUCAAGGCUCUGACUUAGCACCAACUGCUAAAUACCACGUGAGGCCAGGAUUCCAUUCCUAAUUGUGAUCAUGUUUAAUUAAAAAGAAAAAAUUGGUCUUUUGACUGCCUAUGUGUAUGUGUGCACCCACACGUGUGUUUUGUGCAGGGCAGGAAACAGCUGUCCCAUUGUUUUCUUUUUUUUUCCGAAUGAGUGAGUAUAUAAGGCUCUUUCUUCUUUCCCACAUCUCACAGCCCUAAUAAGGCUGGUCAUUCUCACCCACUGAGUUAACUAAGUUUCCUGAAUAGAGAGGGUGGUGGUCUGGUCACGGGAGUAGUGCAACCCUUUUCUGCUGAGUUAGCCAGGAACACAAAAGAGGUGAAUUCACGGCAGUGCCGUGGGGAUGUCGUGAAAAGCUUGCCUGGAAUGACUGUGGGGUUGCUGAGAUACUGAGGUCUGCUGGUUAUAUUGCCUUUUAGACAUGCAUUUGUUCCUAAGUCCCUCUGUCUUGGAAUACAUUCACAAGGUGUAAUUAAAGAAAAUAUUUCUGUGUGAAAAGCAGGAUAGGUCAGAUAGAUUUGGAAAGAUGGCAUCUGUGAACUUUUUGAUCCGUCUUUUGCUUUUGAAUUUUUCAUGUUUACAGUAGUGCUUCUUUGGUAAGAUUUGUAAAAUGUUGCAGACACUUGUAGAAUCAGUGUACCAGUUGUGAAGUGAUAUGUACUAUCUGAAGGAUACACAUUUUAAAGUUUUUUCAAAAACAGAUUAUGGAAAUGAGACAUAAAUUUUAUCCAUCCUUUGGUACUUUUAAAAUAGUUCAAGUGGUUAAGUUUUAAGUUUAGGGAAGUUGUCUUAAAGUACCAAGAUUUUAGGCUUAAAAUUCAUAUUGGGUAGUUUAGUAAAUUGGUGGCUACCAAACGAGUAUGUGAGUUUCCUUUUUACCUGCCUUCUCCCCGGCCCUCCCCCUCCCCCAGAAGGGCGGAACUAGAUUUUAAAGGCGGCUGUCUCCUGCUUUUGCUGAGACAGUUCACUGUCCCCUGAGAUAACCAUUGGGUAUAAAUACCUGAGUCUAGUCUAAUUUACAUAUAUAUUUUAAAAGAUGAGGUAGAGAGAACGUAUCUAUUAAUGAUGUGAUAUAAUGUUUCAUUUGUCAGGGAAUAUUUGAUCUUAAUUCCUUUUCAAUAAGUAAAGAUUUGGAUGUAUUUUCCUACUUCCUAUAUGUAUUCUCUUUAUGCCAUGCUACUUUUAACCAGUCCCUUCUUUUGAAAGCUUUUCUUUCUCUGCUUUUUAAAGGAAUGAUGGUGAUCAGCAGGCAUUGUGCAGAUAUUACGUGACUGAGAUUUUGGAGGGGAAAGGUCACAUGACUGUAUGAAACCAUUAUAUGCCCUAUUUUGUAUUUAUUGAAGUUUCUUUUCGUGGGCCAAAAAUAUGUUUGUAAUAUAUUUAGUUUUUUUUUAAAUCAUGAUAAUUGAUUGGAAGAUUUAUUUUUAAUAGCUUUGCCUUUUUUGCAGAUUGAGAAAUUUCUAAAUUAUAAAUUAUGUCACAAAGCAAAAUUAUAUUUGGUAUCACCAUAAAUUUCUAUUCUGAAUGGUGAGAACAGAUCAACUGAACAUUUCUCACCUGUGAAACCUAUGUUAGUAAGCUUUUUUAUUUUAAUGUACUGUAACGAAAUGAUUGAGUAGUUACUUCUGCUCAAAGGUGUCAGUUCGCUAAACUCUUUUCACACCCCAUUAUAAUAGCUCUCCAUUCCCAGCAAUACGAUUUCAUCUCCAUCAUGUACUCAUUAGAGAUUGUAGCAGAGCAGCGCACUGACUCUCUUAUCAGCCUUUCUUUGACAGCAAAGGGAAAGUCACGGUAGUCAUUUUCAGCUUCUCUGGCUAUUUGUCCCUCGCGGGAGCUGCUUAAAAUUCUUCAGUUAUCAAAGCUGAGUUUGCAGUAAGUUGCACAUUUUAUUGUUUGCAAUUUUCUGUUUUUUGUGCAUUUAAAAGCCCUUUCCUGCUUUCUGGUAAGGAGGCAAGAAGUGAUCAGGAAUGUUGCCAGUUAUAGCUUCGCACCAAAAACUUUGAGUACAUUCAUUUCUGUGUAGAUGCCCCAGGUAAUAGCCGAAGAAAGGGCAUCCCGUAGACAGUACCAGUAGGCUUGAGGAAUUAGUUAAAAAAAAUUUGUCCCCCUCUCAUUUCAUCUACUUCCAAACUAAUACCCAAGCUUGCAAUUUGUUUUGCGCUUGCUGUUUCUUGAGUCCCUUUUCAGAAGAGAGAACCCCUGUGAACCCAGAGAUACACAUUAUGUUUUUCUCGUAGCUAAGGGAGCAAUUCUGGUCUAUUAGUAAUAGGUUUGCUUAAUAUGUAGAGAAAGGAAUGAAGUGUCUUUUACCCCAGAAAUAUGAAAACUAGUAUCUUUUAAAAUAGCACUUAUGCUAUAAUAAGGCAAUACUGGAGUCAAAAACAUUUUAUAUAAGGUCCUAAUAUAAGUGGGAGCUACCUUUUAUUCUAGUGUUAAACUCAUGAGAAGUAGUGGUAAAGAAAGUUCAUUCUUUCUGCAGUUCUUUGGGACCAUUUAUAAAGGCCAGUUAGAUUGUUAAUGUGAUUGAAUUUACAGAGUUGCUGCAGUUAAUGGAUACAUUCUGUGUUCUGAAAAUCUGAAUUCCAUUCUAAUGUAUGAUACUCAUUGGCUGUGAUCUAUAGCAUCCGAAGAAAAGAUGUGUUUUUCUCUUCUUUACUCUCUUUACAUAAUUGUUAAUAUUAUUUUAAUUAAAGUACUUAAGACAUUGUUUUUUCCCUCUGUUAAAAAUGGCUUAGCAAUUUGCACAUCUGGUUAGGUUAUGUAGCUAGUAAACAAUUCACAAUAGUUAAUAGCAAUUACACUUUACUCACCAAGUAACAGACUAUGCAAUGAAAAGAUUUUCUAAUUAUCACCACAUAGCUUACACGGCGGAGGAUUGUGUUCUCCAGUGAGCUACCGUGUGAGGUGUGACUGCUUUACACACUCCCUCCUGAGCAAUUCCAUGUUGGCAGGCAGCGUGGCGUGUCCAGUGUCCCUCCGUGAAGAGAUAAGUUAAGGAGAAGCAAAUAGUAGGUGUGGAGAUAAAGCUGGAAAUAUUUUUUUCUUAAAACUGUAGUUAAUGUCUUGAGUGGCUUCAGGCUAGAGAAAGCUAAUACUUUAUCUUUGCCAAAUAAUUAUUUAUAAGAAUUACUUCUUAAAUAAGCCCAGUCCCUCAGCUGCAAGUUAGGAAGCAUCGUUUUCUGUGACUGACACUAAAGCUUUUCUUGACCGUUCUCAACACAUGAUCACAGCCGAGAGGAGCAAAGACAGUUCUUUGAUUUGGAAAGGGACGGUGUCUGUGAUACACCCUGUCAACACGGUGUUCUUCUUGUGUGAAAGAAUUCCUAGUUCUGCCGGCCUGCACCGUUCGGUUUUCAUCCGCGGGCACUGGAAUUUGCGUGCUUGUAGGGAAGUCCUGUGCUGGCAGCUCACGGACACCCGCCGGCAGCCCCCCUUGUGGGUUUGGGUCUCGGGGGUGCCGGCCAUGGUUGGUAGGCUUCCUCAGCAGUGUUUGUGUGAGGCAGCUGCCUUUUCUCCAAGUUAAUUCAAAAGGUUUGUUGUGGAUUGGUAUUGUAAAAAGAUGAGGCUAUUAAUAACACUAAACUAAUUAUUUAAUAGGUUUAAAAUUCAUUUAAAAAAUUUUUUUAGGUGUUUCCAUUUUCAUCCUUUUUCUUUUUAGCCUUCUUUUAAUAUUCAAUUAAAUUCUGUUUGUAAUCUGGUAUGUAUACAAUAAUCUAAUAUUAAUUUCUUCUAAAUGGUCAACAGACCUCUCUAUUUUAUUGAGGCAAUUUAAAGUAUUCCUAGAAAGAAAAUAGUAGUCUUACCAAACAGUCUUCUUCAUUUGUAUCUCUUUCAUCACCAACAUUUACAUCACUCCAAGACCUUUUUUCUGACAGAUAUAUCUCCAGGGGGUAGGGGUGAGGGACGGGAAUAUAUGUAUAUGAUAGAACUUCGGUAUUUUUUCCCUCUCUUAAUACAUUGAAAAGAAUUGAAUCUUCACUGGCAUUCUAUAGAAAGGUAAAACAAUUUAAUGACUUCUUAGUAUCUUGAAUGUUAUAAGGUUUCCAGUAUGUUCUGGAGAGAUCCAAAAUCCAUGUUUAGUAGAUGAAAGUAAGAUUUUAAAUGCUGUCUUUCAAAAGAUUUGUAGUAAAAUACCAGUAAAGAACAUACUCAUUUCCCCCUGACCAGUGAGGUAGGAAAGAGAACAAAACAUAAAUGAAUAAUUAUGUCUCAUUAAUGCAAAAAUUGUGGGUGAAAUUUAGAGAGCCUUAUUUCCAAAUAACAGAAAUUCUCUUUUUACUCCAGCUCUUACUGUGUGUUAGCUUUCCUCUCUCUGCACUGUGACACAGAGCUAAUAAAAGGAAAUAUGGCCUGAGAGAGAGCGCAAAUUUGGUAUGGCUUUCUUUACCUUAGGUCCUGGAUCUUGGGAAUGUUUGGUUCCUUUCAAUGGCAGAGUUUUUGGUGAUGUAAAGUUUAGUCUGCAAAACAAUCUAAUAAGAAAACCUGUCUAACUCUUUCUUAGUGAGCUCUGCAGGGCAGCCCGGCUUUCCUUCCCUUUGUUUCCCUCUCCUGCUUGCGUGCCCAGCCCAGCCCAGCCCAGCCCAGCGCAGCCCUGAAGAGUACCCGCACACAAUAUCCACAGUCUGUACUGAUCCUGGCCUGAGAGUAACAGAAUCCUCUUCUUUCACUCGUUUUUUGUUUUAUUUGUUGUUUUUAAGCUGGGGACCACUGAAGUAAGCUCUGUAUGCACCCAAAGUUCCCCUUGGAAAAAUUUUCAACCUGCAGUGCAGAAGGCUCCAGUGCAGCUAAAAGCCACGCCGUUGCUUUUGCUUGGGGAUUGGACUGAUGUGCCCUGACGUGGCUCCACCUGCCUCACUGAGGUCCAGUGGGCUCCAGCGGAGAGGUGGGGACGUUGUGUUCAUCUGCCUGGAAGGGCUGAAUCAGUUCCUCUCAACAGUGAUAGUUCUUUUCACUGUACAGUGUUGAGUAUGUCUCAGGGAUUCCUUGUGGAAAUUAGGGCAGAUUUUAAAAUAAGAAAAUAGUUUUCAAGAAACUAAAGGUGACUCAUCAUUGAAGAGAGCGCAAGAAAGAGAAAACAUUUGGUUUCAUAGCCCACAGUGUCUUGCAUAGGACUUUUUUCCUUUCUCCUUCAGCCUCUCAUCUCAGCUUCAGCAUUCAGAAUCCUUCCCAUCAUGCACAGCUUUAAAACUUUUAUUUAAAAAUCUCCUUCCCCAAUGAGCUUUCAGAAAACUUAUUGUAGAUUUUAAGAGAAAAGGUAUAUUAAUUUAUGCUAUUAACAUCACCUCAUAAAUUAUAAGUUUUAUACUAAAGCUGUAUUGAGUGUAAUGAGUUACGUUGCCUAUGUGUUUAAUAGCUAAAAAAUUAUAUAUGAGCUUUUUUUUUUUUUUUUUUUUGACAAAACAAACUAGUGAAGCACCUUUUUACACUGGAUCUCUGCCGUGUCAAGGUGUAUAGCUAUCCUUUGCUACCUUGCAGAUAUAAAAUAAAAGGAUAUCCUGGGGCCUCCAAAUGUAGAACACCUUUAGACCAUGUAUUACUGCUCAUAGAACUGUUGAGAAUCAUGUUUCUUUAGUAAGUGAUCUGUGGUUUACACUUAAGAUGGCUAGAUGCUUAGUUACAGGGUAAAUAGAAAUACAUAGAUCAAGUACAAUUCCCAACUACUGUAGCCGGCAUUUGUAAACUAAGUUUUUACAACCUCUUUUAUUUCCUAUGGAUUCAUUCAUUAAUUUACAGUUGAUUCUGUAAGUUGGGAAGUAAAAUAGAGAAAUAAUAAGUCUAGAUGUUCUCAGUGUCUUAUUCAGGAAUCUUUUUAUCCCUCCUCACUAAGGAAUUCCCACUGUGACUUAAAAAUAGAAUUAAAUUUCUUGUGUGCAUGUAUAUGUUUGUGCUUUUACACACAUGCAGAAAUAUACAUUGGGUGCACGUGUGUGAGAGAUGAGUGUGUGCUUCGGUAAAAGUAGAGAAAAGUUACGGAAUGUAUCGGAGAAAUACGACUGACUUCGUUGAGGGUAUUGGAGUUACCUUCUCAGUGUCUCUGUUGUACAGACACACCAAAUUCUUCAUGCUUUCUUAUGUGAAAAGGCUAGCUCUGAUAUCAUGUGCAUUUUAGUCUAGCAUAUUGAUUAACUUAUAUUACACUGUGUUUUUAAAAUGACAUGAGAAACAGCAGGCUCUAAGACCAGCCUCUCACUUUUGAGCAUAAAAAUAAGAACUGUGUUUAUCUAUUGGGGAGAUGGGACCAGAAAUCAGUUACAUCUUUUUUUUUUUACAUCGAUAGAUUUCUUCAUACUCUGAGUUAGAAAAUAUUGCUGAUUAUCUUUUCUUGGUGAAGUUUAGAAAAUAACAGGCCUUUUGUAAAGAAUGCCAAUUUUUUUUGAAGGGGCUGCUUCGUUUCAGGAGUUGGUGGGAUCAUUUCAUCGUGCGUAUCUCAAAACAGGAUUUCAGUUAUUUCCAAAAAUGGACAAAAGUUACUCAGUUGUGCUAUUAUUUGUGAAGUUAGCGUGCCCUCCUCCCCCUACAUUUUGGCUAUAGGAAAAAAUACGCUGCCCUUGACUUGAUUCGUAUGGAAUUAAACAUUGCUGUAUUUUGAGGUGUGCCAUUUUGCUGUACAUUCAUUACUGAAGUAUCUGGUGGUCUAAAAUAAUUAAAACUAGAGUUGUUAUUAAAUGCUCCGGUCAUGUUUAUUUUUAAUAUGAAAGAAUCAUGUCCUUUGAACUAUGUCAAAACAACUUCUGAUAAUACACCUGAGUUUGUAGUUACCUUUGAAGCCUCAUCCAUCUUAUAUAUAGUCAAGACCUAGGAAAGCUUUAUAUGUUUUUUUUUUACAGUUGUAUUUUUUGUAGCAUCUCCCAAUUCCAUUCACUCUUGUUUUAUGGAUUUUUAAAAAUCUGCAUAUUUCUUGUAUAUAUGCAUGCAAAUGAAAGAAGGGAGUUUGUAUUGGUGCCAUUUCUCCCUUCAGUUACUGAUUAAUGGGAUUCGCGGAAUAAAUUCCCCCUAAUUGAAGGGUGAAAUUAGACCCUUUGUGUAUAUCUGUAUAGAGAUGUGUAUAUGGGAUGUGGUGGCACUUUGCUGAAUGUGAACUUGCCUUGUCAAUGGAAAGAUUGAGAAGUAUUAUGUUUAUUUAUACAUUUGUAUACAUCUAUAUAUACACGUAUGUAUAUGUGUGUGUAUAGAUAAAGCUAUAUACAUAUAUUUCCCUAAAAAUGUGUGUGUAUAAUAGAGAAACACAGCCUUUGUUAAGCAAGAUUAUACAUCUGUGGAAAAUUCUGGAUGAUUCUGUAAGCAGGAGGAGGUGACAGUCAAGAGCCCAUCUUCAUGGCGCGCUCAGACGGAGGAAAUCCUUUGGAUUAUAGUCUUGUUCACGGUGAUUAUAACUGAAUUUCUGUUAGAACUAUUCUUACUUGUCAGUUCUACUAUUCAUCUUCACCACCUUCAAGGUCAAUCUGUCAACAUUUAAAACAUCAUUGUGUUUUUUCUCCUUUAUUGUGUCCAUUUUAGCCAGAAGGAUUUGUGUUAAGUGAGUUUCAUUAAUUUCUCAGUUGCUUCUUUUAAAGAUCUUUAUUUCUAAAAUAUCCCAGAAAAUAUAAGUUUUGAUAAUAUUUUCUAUAGUAAUUUUGAGAAUCAGGCAUUCAUCUUUAUCUCAAAAACAACCAACCAAAAAUCAACAUUUAAACAAAACUCAUUUGAAGAUUUUUACCUAGAUAAUUGAGUCAUUUUACUUAAAUUGAAAAAAUUUGAUUUUAUGAUUGAUACUAUUAUUAGGUUUAUUUCUCUUUUGUUGUCAUUUAAAAAUUUAUCUUACUUUGAUUUAAUCACAAAUUUACCGUUUUGUUUUAAUGGAAAGCAUACAAAGUGACACGUAAGCCUCUUGAAUUUUAUAACUCAUUUUACUCAUGAUGAAACUGCUUUAGUGAAUUCUUGAGCAACAAAUUCCGCUAUAUUUCCUUUUGACUUGUCUCACGUUUGUGACAUUGUUUUAACUUUGCUGCAGCUCUCUAGAAAACUUGCAUCCCUAUCUAUUGUGCCUUUAAAGCUCUUAUGCACACACAGACAAAAGUGUAUUUAUACAUGUUGGAGCAUGUGUACAUAUACUUUCCUGUAUACUCACACAGUAUGUCUUUAGUAUGUAUUGUGGGAGUGGAUACAUAGAUAUUCCAAGGCAAUGAAAUGUUGCUCUCUAGAUAUAUAUGUAUAUAAAGGGUGUUGAUAUACUGUACAUACACAUGUAUAUGUAUGAGUUUUAAAUGGCAAUCUUUUACAUUUAGCAAAAUGCUGCCCCUACUGGAAUAUUAUUACUGCAAUGGCAGUUGUAUGUAAUGAUUUAAAAUACAUUAUCAAAAAUUAUUUAAAGAACAUUUAAAAGUGUCAUCUAAAGACAUCCACACUAUUUAUUUAUCUUUUCCUUGUUUGUUAUUUUUUUUUUCAUUGAAAUAGAGGCUGUCAUUUUUAAAAUGCCACCUUCCCCAUGGGAGGAGCGAGCCAGAGACUCCCGUGAGGAGCCCUGUGCGUUUCCCCUUUCCCUGAGCUAGCGGUGCCCCACAAACCAGCCUGUUUAUUUCGGGUAUAAAGCAGCCCUAAUAUUUCCAUUAGUAUCUGUCAUCCACCAUCUCCUAGAUCAACCGAACUCGCCAGUUUGCCUCUCCUUUCAUUAAUAAAUAAUGAUCAUCCAGAUCAUUUUGCCUGGGGGAAGUUAACUACUCUCUUGCUGCAGGGAAUAUAUCACCUAAUUGUCAUUCUGCCUUGUUCAAAAUUCAACUUUCAGAGAAGGCAGCACACUCAUGAAGCUGCCUUAAACAUGUUUUGCAUUUGUUUAAUUACAGGUCUUCCCAGACAUUUUUUUAAAAAAAAGGAACUCCACGUGUGCAUGCACGUGACAUAGAUUGAAUUCUUACUCCCCACAGCUUCAAGUAUUUUUCAUUAUAUGUCAAUUCGACACACACACCGAAUGAAAGAAUAGUAAGAACUGGUAAAUAUUUUAUUUUGUGAUGAGUUGUCAGCAGAUUGCAUUGUUAAGAUGUUACAGAGAGGAGUGUGUAGAUGGACAAUCCCAAAUGUAAGACAUUACAAAAAACAGUGGCGUCAGAGUACCCCUGAAGACUAAAAUAGAGGUCGGUGUGAGUGAUUUCAGAGUAGCUUAGCUGGAACUUGAUAUCAGAAGCAGCCUUUAACAAAAAGCCUCUUGGCAAUUGUAUGGUACUAACUAGAGUACUGAAGUGUAAGUUGAAACCAAGUUGCAGUGGGAAAUCAAAGGUGAGGUAGCUUAUUUGAAACCAGUAAAUGACAGGUUGCACAGUUUCGAAAUCUCAACAAAGUAACUGCACGGUAGCAAGGACUAGCAGUUCUCAAAAGCCCAUCUUUCUCAGUGUUCUCAUUUACCUUGGCACACAAGUAUGUUUAACAGUCCAUACAUUACAAAUAUUUACAAACAAAAGUUGCUUAAAGGGAACUUACAAACUGAGAGUCUUCUCUGUAUAUGUGGUAAUGGUGGCCGGGAGCUCAGUUAUGUGCACAAAGGCUAGGAGCCACUGGAUCUGCGCAGCCUGCGGGAGUGAGAUGAGACUGGCAGGUCUCGGUGGGAGCUGCCCAGUCCUGAAGGAAAGGUGUAUCUGCGGCGUUGGGGGUAGUGUUGCUGGGGAAAUGGGCUUUUGGUUUGUAAUUUCCCUUUAAACAAGAAGAGAUGGCUCACAUUUUCCAUAUAUAUCUCAAUGAAUGUACUGUA